AGUGCAGCUACAGGUAAAAUUGGUUAAGGUGAGAGACAGAGAGAGAGAGAAGAGAAUUGAUCAUUUGAUUCAUUGAUUCUUCAGGUAUAAUCAUGGUGAUGAAACCAGCAUGGUUAGAAGGUUUAAUUGCUGAAACAUUCUUUACAAAUUGUGGGACCCACGAGAAUCGCAGGAAAAAUGAGAAGAACGUAUUCUGUUUGGAUUGUCUUCGUAGUAUUUGCCCUCACUGUGUUUCUUCUCAUCGUUCUCAUCCACUCAUACAGGUGCGACGGUACGUUUACAACGAUGUGGUUCGAUUGGAUGAUCUCGAGAAGCUUAUCGACUGUUCUUAUGUUCAGCCUUACACUAUAAACAGUGCGAAAGUAAUCUUUUUGAACCCAAGGCCUCAGACAAGGGCUUGCAAGGGUUCCGCCAAUAUUUGCUACAAUUGUGACAGAAUUCUCCAAGAGAAAUAUCACUUCUGUUCACUUUCUUGCAAGGUUGAUCACGUGGUACUACAAGGUGGAGACCUGUCAAGUAUACUAUACAGAUUCCACGAAUCCGAUUUCGAGUUCUCGCAGUUCGAGGGUUUGCAAAUGGAUGGUUCAGACAUAACAGAAGAAGAUGAUACAACUCCUAAUUCAAUUUUGGAAGAUCACCCAUUGGGUUUCAAGAAUUCAUCUUGUUCCAGUAACAAUUCUAGGAACAAUUCUGGUAUUUCGCAAGAUUCCUCGGUAGGUUUAGUUAAGAAAAAGAAAGGAAACGGGUUUUUCCCUGGUAAUGUUUUUUCCUUUAGUAGAAGAAAGGGAGCUCCUCAAAGAGCACCACUUUCUUAGAAAUCAAAAUCAAACCCUUCCAGAAAAUUUAAGAUGGUUGUAGGGUAGGUAGUUAUUAAUUAGUUAGCGAUGAACUCUGAAGAAUUGGCAUGUACGUAUGUUGAGAUUAGCAAUCUCGACUCAUAUUAUGUUGAGAGGUUUCUCUUUUUCUUCUUUAAUCUCGUCGGAAGGUGCUGCUUAGAGCGUUUCCAUUACGGAAAUAGGUGGCAAUACACAGCCGUAGAAAGCGGUACGUUAUUGUUUACCAAUUUUGUAAUCGAUGUAAUGGAAAAUGCACAUAAAUAUAUA